AUGGGCCGAGUGUAUCUUGAACACGGCGGCGGUGGUAUAACAUACCAUUGCGAGCGGUGUUACACAUAUUUGUCUAAUGAAAACUGGUUACAAUCUACGGCAUUUCAAGGUAAUUUUUUGUGUUUUUUGAUUCAAGUUUAGGUGUGAUAUGAUAUAGGUAUGGAUAACUUAAAAUAUCUAUAACUACUUUUUAAUAAUACAAAGCCACUUUAAACUUUGUAAGAACGGAGUUUAUGGUUUAUUCUAACAACAAAAUACGUUUCAGGGUCUACCGGUCCCGCGUUCUUGUUCAGCGACGUAAAGAACGUUGACGUAUCCAAAGCUGAUACGAGAUCCAUGAUAACAGGAGAACAUGUGGUUCGGGAUGUGUUUUGUAAAAACUGUAGCGCAAAAGUGGGGUGGAUGUAUGAAUUUGCUUACGCUGAGAGCCAACAAUACAAAGAAGGUAGGGACACAGGUUUUUAAUGAUUAUGAUGUUUGUAAUCAUAGUUUGUUAUACCUGAUGCAUUUAAAUAGGAUAUUUGGUAUUGUGCCUCUGGAUAUUGUUUUUAUUAUGUUAUUCUUAAAAAAUACAAUGUUUACUGUUUUCGAGGAAAAUAUUGAGCAUUUUAUCAUAAAUUUGAACAAAGUUAUGACGUAUUGAAGUCAACAUUUUCGAUGUGCUGUUAUAGGUGUUUUGCUUCAAUUUUUUGAAAUUUUAUGUUAGUAGAAAAUUACAUAUUUAUAAUUAUACUCUACUAUAAAGCCAUUGCCUCUCAUCUGUCAGCUGAGGGGACUAUUAAUAUAUUCCCCUUCUGCGGCGCAACACUUGACACCAAAAAAUCAAAGAGAAAAACUUGACUCAUUUCAAAGUGGUAUUUUUCUUUUUUUUUCAGGCCGAUUCAUCCUGGAGCGGAAGCUGUUGACCGUGAAGGAGGAUCUGUUACAGGGUACGAAGACGCGUACGCGGCGUGCUUCGAGCUCGGGUAGCAGCAACGUCUCAUCGGACACGGUCACCUAA